UGCCGCCUGCCCCGCCCCUCGCCCCGCUGCCUCCUGGGCUCGAGCGGGACAUGGUGCUGUCUGAGCUGGCAGCGCGCCUCAACUGCGCCGAGUACAAGAACUGGGUGAAGGCGGGCCACUGCCUGCUGCUGCUGCGCGGCUGUCUGCAGGGUUUCGUCGCCCGCGAGGUGGUCGCCUUCCACCGCGGCCUGCUCGCCGCCGCCCCCAACCUGGGCCCCCGCGCCACCUGCCGCAGCGGCUCUCGGUGCAGCCCGCGCGCUCGUCAGUUUCAGCCUCAGUGUCAGGUAUGCGCAGAGUGGAAAGAGGAGAUUUUGAAACACCACACCAACAGGAAUGGAGACGUCCACUGGGGAAACUGCCGACCGGGCCGGUGGCCCGUCGACGCCUGGGAGGUGGCCAAGGCCUUCAUGCCCCGAGGACUGGCAGACAAAACAGGCCCUGAGGAAUGUGAUGCCGUUGCCCUUUUAAGCCUCAUCAACUCCUGUGAUCACUUCAUGAUUGAUCGAAAGAAAGUCACAGAGGUGAUUAGAUGUCGUAAUGAGAUCAUGCAUUCUUCAGAGAUGAAAGUGUCUUCUCUGUGGCUUCGAGAUUUUCAGAUGAAGAUCCAAAAUUUUCUGAAUGAAUUCAAGAAUAUUCCAGAGAUUGUGGCAGCCUACGCCAGAAUAGAACAGCUGUUGACAUCUGACUGGGCUGUUCACAUCCCUGCAGAAGAUCAGCUAGAUGGAUGUGAAUAUGAAACAGGAGUUUACCUGAGUGAGAGCCAAGUAAAUGAAAUAGAAAUGGAAUUACUAAAGGAGAAACUUCAAGAGAUCUAUCUUCAAGCACAAGAACAAGACGUGUUGCCUGAAGAGAUCUUAAAUCGACUGGAAGUAGUGAAAGAAUUUCUGAGAAACAAUGAGGAUCUUAGAAAUGGUCUUACCGAAGAUAUACAGAAGCUGGACAGCCUCCAUCUACAGCAUCAAAAACCAAGUUCAAAGGAACCUGGGGCACAGACACCUGAAGGGAAGGCCUGAGGCUGCCCUUUGACAAAACCCAGGCAUGUUAUGUGAAGGUCGGCAUGGCUUCAAUCUCAGCCCUUCUUUUCUGUGCAAAAGGAAAAACUUAACAGAGUGCACCACCCAAACAAAAAGGAAUUUUUGUUGUCUUUUCUUGGACUUUCCUUUGACUCUUUGGGAAUAUUUUUUUUUAAUAUUCGUAAGCUUGGUGUUGUGUUAUCUGUAACCCACCAAAAAAUGUUAGAUACUGUUGUGCCAAAACUUGCUGUCACCCAGGGUUUUUGUUUUUUUGUUUUUUUUCUUUUGUUUUGGUUUAUUGGUUUUGCGGGAAGGUUUUUGCUAUUCUUUUCUGAUCCUAAACUUAAGCUGCUUAACACAGUAAAGGCUAUUUGGCCAGCCCUGGGCGAAGGGUCACAAAGAGUUCUCUGCCAGCUGGCACACAAGCCCUAUCCCUACCCCCUUCCUAAAAAAAGUCUCACUUACGAGGGGUGCCCAAGGGGCAGGCUGUGAUGUAAAUCCUUCCUUUUUGAAAGAAGGCAAGAAAAGAGAUUGCCCAUUUUCUAGCCAUUUCCAAUUUAGUACAGAACUGUUGCUACCUAUUUCUGGUAGCCCCGGGCACUAGGGCAAGGAGGUGGGCCCAGGCUGGUCAGUGGGGACCAGAGAACACAGUGACUUGAUUGACCAAAGCAGGCAGAAGGCCCAUGCCAGUCUCACAAACGGGAAUGUCGGGGAUAGCUUCGCAGUUACUGACCUGUUUAUGGUACUCCUGGGAAAAGUCAACUCCCGUGGCAAUCCCCUCUUUCCGCUCAUUAAUAUCCUGAGUGCACAGGGCCUAGCCCUCAUGUGCUCCACGAAUAUUUGUUGACCGAAGGAUCCACAGAUCGCUUAUUCAUACACAUGAAUGUUAGACCAUUAACUAAACCAACCUGGUCCUUUGUUAUGAGAUUUAAGGGUGAAAUACCAACAUUCUUUUAGAAAUUCAAAGGCAUCAUUUUUCUUUCAGAUUGACAGAUUCAUUUGUACUUCCUCUAUCCCCAAAAGUCAUCUACUUCUGACUUUAUCCUGUCUGUUUCCUAAACUGCAAAACCACUGUCCAGUCAUAUGCAGUGGUCCGGGGGAUCAGCCUCACCCUUCCCUACCUCUGCUCCUGUUCAAAGCCAGCAGCGCCUAACUGGGCCAUGUCACCUCUGGACCUUCAGGAACAGAAUUGCCUCAUUCCCCGCUUCCUGGAGGAGAUGCUUCCACUCCAACCCCAAAUGAAGCCAUCCUCCUUUGCUUACUGAGCUGCCCAUCAAGGAUGUGACCCUGUAGGGGCACCUGGGUGGCUCAGUCAGUUAAGUGUCCGACUCUUGAUUUUGACUCAGGUCAUGAUCUUGUGGUUCGUGGGUUGGAGCCCCACACUGGGCCCCACGCUGACAACUGAUAGUGUGGAGCCUGCUUACAAUUCUCUCUCCCCCCUUCCUUGCUAGCGCACGCUGUCUCAAAAUAAAUAAAUAAACAUUAAAAAAAAAAAAAGGAUGUGGUCUCUAGAGAAUGGGGAGAGGGUGAGGUGUAUUUGGUAUAUUUUUAUAUUAAAAUGAGUGUAAUAUAAUGCUGUAAACCCUGGGUAAAUACAAACAUGCCUGUAACUUAA